AUGGCCGGGCUGCAGCCGCCCGGCGACGGGGACCUCUCUAUGCUCUCGCCGCCCCCGAUCCCCGGCGACCCCCGGCGGGUGGAGUUCGUCGCCCUGACCGAGGUGCAGACGGAGAAGAACGAGCCGCCCGCGGGCAGCCCCCGGCGCCUGGGGCUGCUGGGGACCCCGCUGCCAGCGCCGCCCGGCGGGGCAGCCGCCCGCUCCGCCGCGCACAAGCGUUACCGGCGCCUGCAGAACUGUCUGUACAACGUGCUGGAGAGACCCCGCGGCUGGGCGUUCAUCUACCACGCCUUCAUAUUCCUCCUAGUCUUCAGCUGCUUGGUGCUGUCCGUGUUCUCCACCAUCCCAGAGCAUCAGAAACUAGCCAACCAAUGUCUGUUCAUCCUGGAGUUUGUCAUGAUUGUGGUGUUCGGCAUGGAGUACAUCAUCCGCAUCUGGGCAGCUGGCUGCUGCUGCCGUUACCGGGGCUGGCAGGGGCGGUUCCGCUUUGCCAGGAAACCCUUCUGCGUAAUAGAUUUCAUCGUGUUCAUCGCCUCGCUGGCCGUCAUUGCCGCCGGCACGCAGGGGAACAUCUUUGCCACCUCGGCGCUGCGCAGCAUGCGCUUCCUGCAGAUCCUGCGGAUGGUGCGCAUGGACCGCAGGGGGGGCACCUGGAAGCUCCUGGGCUCAGUGGUCUAUGCCCACAGCAAGGAGCUGAUCACAGCCUGGUACAUCGGCUUCCUGGUGCUCAUCUUCGCCUCCUUCCUCGUCUACCUGGCCGAGAAAGACGCCAACACGGAGUUCGCCACCUACGCGGACUCGCUCUGGUGGGGCACAAUCACGCUCACCACCAUCGGCUACGGGGACAAGACCCCCAAUACGUGGCUGGGCAGGGUGCUGGCGGCCGGCUUCGCGCUCCUGGGCAUCUCCUUCUUUGCUCUGCCUGCCGGGAUUCUGGGCUCCGGCUUUGCCCUGAAAGUCCAGGAGCAGCAUCGCCAGAAACACUUUGAGAAGAGGCGGACGCCGGCAGCGAACCUGAUCCAGGCUGCCUGGCGCCUGUAUUCGACAGACGGGAGCCGAGCCUACCUGACCGCCACCUGGUGUUACUAUGACAGCAUUCUCCCAUCCUUCAGAGAGCUGGUCCUUAUGUUUGAGCAUUUGCACCGAGUCCGCAACGGAGGAGUUAGGAAUUCAGAGGUGAAAAGGUUGCCUGACGGAGCCCCACCGCCAUAUCACUCCUUCACCUCUGGCCAGAAAACCAUCGCCCCUGCUUAUUGCUCUGGGGAAAGCAACAAAAUGGGCAUCAAGGACCGCAUCCGCCUCAACAACUCGCAGAGGCAGGGCAGCCGGGCAAAGCAGCACCUGGCGCCGCCCAUGCGCCGCUCCCCCAGCACCGAGAACGUGCCGGAGGCCACCAGCCCCACCAAGGUGCAGAAGAGCUGGAGCUUCAACGACCGCACCAGGUUCCGGGCGUCGCUGAGGCUCAAACCUCGGCCACCGGUGGAGGUUGACGGCCUGGUGGAGGAGAGCUCCGAGGAGAAGGGCUACCAGUGCGACCUGACCUUCGAGGACAUCAUGCCAGCUGUGAAAACGCUCAUUCGGGCUGUCAGGAUCCUGAAGUUCCUGGUUGCGAAGAGGAAGUUCAAGGAGACCCUGCGGCCCUACGACGUCAAGGACGUCAUCGAGCAGUACUCAGCCGGCCACCUCGACAUGCUGGGCCGCAUCAAGAGCCUCCAGUCACGCGUGGACCAGAUCGUGGGAAGAGGAGCCAUCACUGUCGAUAAGAAGACCCGGGAGAAGGGAGAAAAGUCCCUGGAGGCCGAUCUGGUGGACGAGCUCAGCAUGAUGGGCCGAGUGGUCAAAGUGGAGAAACAAGUGCAAUCCAUAGAGCACAAGCUGGACUUGUUACUGGGCCUCUAUUCCCAGUGCCUGCGGAAAGGCUCCACGAACUCCUUUGCCCUGGCCGCCAUGCAGACCCCCAGCUUUGACCCAGACAUCACCUCCGACUACCACAGCCCCGCAGAGCACGAGGACAUCUCAGUGUCCGCGCAGACCUUAAACAUCUCCAGGUCGGCCAGCACCAACAUGGACUGAGAGGGGUUCCCAGCACAGGUCCCGGGGGAGAGCUGGGGGGACCGGUCGUGAGCCUGGUGGCGAACGUUCUUGUAGACAGACACACUGAUAGCUAGCAGGCAAGGAGACCGACCCGUGAACCCAGCCAGGUUCUGGGCUGGGGACCACGCGGCCUCGUCUAAUGCGUCCUGAUGCACUAUGAGCCUCACCUUGAUUUUACUUGAACAAGUCUUCCUUCUGACCGUGCACAAGCAGGAAUUAUUAAGCAACUAGUGUUCAGCACCUGAGAGCCAGCUGGGGCCGGGACCCCGGGGGAUGCAGCAGGGAGAGUUUCUUAAAGUGUUAAACCUACAAAACCGAGGAGAGAAAUGCCUGGUAUCUAAGAAGCUCUUUUAUUUAUAGGAUCAGCCUCUCUAGACUUUGUCCUCUGCAGGCAGUCUUCUCCGUGGAGGAAAUCCCCCUCUCCCGGCACAUCCCUGUUGGGGUGACGCUGCUCCAGGGCAGCGGGAGGGCGAGUUGGCCAGAGAUGCAACGGGCCAGCGCACCUUGUCACUCGGUCUUUCUUCUGGGCGCCUCUCCGGGAACCGUCCUCGGAAUGAGCUUUGACCCAGGGUAUGGAAUGAUUGAGAGCUCCUGAACUCCAAGGCUGGCGGUUCUGAUCUCUUCACCCUGCGGCUCUACGCCAUUGCCCCUCCUGGGAGCCGGAGCAGGGUUCUUACUACCAGCUAUGCAAGGCUAGAUAACCCUUUACUGUCCAGUGCUAAACAAGGGGCACUGUGACUCGAUUGAAUGUGGUUUCUUCCGGACCUAGGAAAGAGCUGGGGAAUGGCUGGGUUUUGCCUCCCCAGGGGGCGUUGCUACGUUUCCUGUCUCCCAGCGAGCAGGGGGCUCCGAAUCCUGCCGCCGGGACUGUAACUCAGUGCGCACAGUGGAACCGUCUGGGCGGCAGCGUUUCGAUAUGCAACCUUCGAUCCCGACGGGCAGGGCGGACGAGUCGCCCGUCGGCCUAGGCAAUAGGUGUUUACCCCGCGCCCCGGGGGCCAGAUCCGGGGCUGCCCGAGUCAGUGGGGUUUCACGGGGCGAACGCUGCACCUUUGGAGCCUGGCGGGUGGACUCGGACGGACUUUGGAUCAGGCCCGUGACUUGAAAGGGGGUAACUGGCCCAUUGGACCAAAUGCAGCCCUGUUGCAUGAGUCCGUGGAGUUAAUAGCAGGCCUGGAUCUGGUCCAUUGCACGUGGCUGCUGGGCGGGGGGGUGCAUAGGGGGGUGUGGGCACAACCAGGAGGAGGGUACGGAUGCUGUAGCUUAGCAUUAGCUCUUCUUCCCUCCACCAUGGCUAGUCUGCCCAGCUCAGGCAGCCCGGCUUGCCCGCCGUGGCUUCCGUACAUCUCCUAGUGGCACGGGAGGCACUGGUAGCUUAGGGUACCCAAUAUCUCCAGACCUCGAUUUCCCACUGGAUGGUUUUUCUCCCCUGCCCCCUUCUACAGCCUCACCCGCCAGAGUCGGGCACGGGGCUUCACUUGGGUACCUGCUGUCCUUAGUCAUCCAGCUGGAGUGCGUCUCAGCACCAUAGACCCUGCCCUCCCCCCCUCCAUUGAUAGCCCAUUCAUUCAGACCCUGGGCCCCGAUCCCCCGUGGGCGCCGUAAGGGAGUUCACUGCAGGAUGGGGGCUUUAGCCCCCACUCUGGCUCCCCAAAGAGCCCUGGUCUCCCUUGCACAUCCCCUGCGGUCAGGAAUAUUCAGUAUCAGUCGGAGCUGCCUGGGUCAGGCCUGGACUCGGAAGCCCUUCCCCGGCCUGUUUCCUGGUGGGGCUGCGACUGAAACCCAACAGGAACGGUCGCUGGCAUAAGAGGGAUAUUUUUGGCCCGAGGUGGCCAAAGCCCUGAGAUUUCAGUGUCGUCAAAUCCAUCUUGGGACGGAUUUGGCUUUGAACCCGCGGCCCUCUUCCCAAUCUGAACACUGCUGUUUCCCCACAUCUGCUGGUGCUCCCGUGGGGGUGGGUGGGGCUGGUGGGGGACAGAGCUCCCCUAAUGCAGGAUCUCUGCCUGGAAGGAGAGAUGGGAUGUGUUUCUCGUGCCUGCACGUUACCCCUUCUAUGCAGUUAAAUGUCUUCCAGCGUCACCGGGCACGCUCUGUCCCCCUGCCCCUCGGUCCGAGGCAAACCCCUGCAUGGCUGGCCAGCGCUGCCCCGUCCUGCAGUUCAGUUGCAUCAGGCACCAGCCUUACAGGAUGGCCAAGAGCAGCUCUUGAAUUUCGACAUGAAGGGUUUGCCUCCUCCCUUCCCCCCGCCCCGAGCAGCUUCCCCUGCUGGAGAGGGAUGGAGGGCGAGGAGGGGGGGCUGCCGAGGGCCAGCCCUGUCCUGCAAGGAGGCAAGCACAAGGGGUGUCUCUUGGGAAUGGCUGGGCGAUUGUCCAGCCUGCAAGUGCUCAGCUGAGAUCCUGGCUCUGGAACGUGCCCCCCCACGCGUGCGUGCUGCUGUGCCAUUCCCUGGCAGAGCGGGGGCCUCGCCGGCCCCUGGCCCCACCAGUGCCUCCUUUCACCACCCCUGGGGGCUCCCCGACCUUCAGAGCCCUUCUUGUGAUGGUGGGGGUGUAGGUCAGGUCAAAAGGACCUCCCACUCCCUUCACCCACCCCAGCAGGUAUCUACACGGGGGGACGUGAGAGGAGUAUAACCCUGCUCUCCCCCCCCCAGCUCCCAGCCAACUCCCCGGCUCUACCGGCGGCGGGGUGGGAGAGACGCCUGCUGUAGGGCCACGCACCAGAGCUAGGGCAUGGGGGGCAUGAAUCCUGCUUGCAUUCCAUGCCUAGGCAGUGCAUGCCGCCCGCCCCCGCGGAGACCCCUGCCCGGAGCCCGUCUCAUCCCAACCCGCUUGCAUGCUCCAGCAUGUGUCUUGAGUUGUGCAUCGAGACCCUCCGCCCGGGCCCCUGCCCCGAGCACGGCGCCCAUCGCGCUGCGGCGUGGGAGGG